GGGCCGGGCUAAUGCAAAUCACUGCAACCGGCAGCAGCAGAAGAAAGGCGAAGCAGCUGCAGCCCGGGCUCCCCAGCAGCGCGCUACAGCCAGGGGAGGCGUAACAAAGGCAGCAGAGCCGCUUUCUGCGGCAACUACUGCGCCUACAGCCGGGUGGUCGCGGGGGGAGGGCGGGAGCCGCCGCUCUUUGGCCGCUUCCCAUUCCGAGCCGCCGCCUUCCCUCCGCGCCCGGCCGGCCGGUCUGAGUGAGGAGGUGCCCGCCAGGCUGCGGAGAACAGGUUGAACUUCCAAGAUGUCCCUUGGGAGAGAUAUGGAGCUGGAGCAUUUUGAUGAGCGUGACAAAGCUCAGCGAUAUGGCAGAGGGUCCCGGGUGAAUGGUCUGCCCAGCCCUACCCACAGUGCCCACUGCAGCUUUUACCGAACCCGCACUCUACAGACCCUGAGCUCUGAGAAGAAGGCCAAGAAAGUUCGUUUCUACCGUAACGGAGACCGGUACUUCAAAGGGAUUGUAUACGCCAUCUCCCCUGACCGCUUCAGGUCCUUCGAAGCUCUCCUGGCCGACCUGACCCGAACUCUGUCCGACAAUGUCAACCUGCCCCAGGGAGUGAGAACAAUCUACACAAUUGAUGGCUCCAAGAAGGUUUCCUCCUUGGACCAGCUAGUAGAAGGGGAAAGUUAUGUAUGUGGUUCCAUAGAGCCCUUCAAGAAACUGGAGUACACAAAGAAUGUAAACCCAAACUGGUCAGUGAAUGUUAAGACAACUUCUACUUCUCGUUCAGUGCCAUCUCUUGCCACUGCUAAAGGAGGUGCUCCAGACACAAAAGAGAAUAAGGAUUUCAUUAGGCCCAAACUGGUCACUAUCAUCAGGAGCGGAGUGAAGCCACGGAAGGCAGUCCGGAUCCUGCUCAACAAGAAGACAGCACAUUCCUUUGAACAGGUUCUUACUGACAUAACCGAUGCCAUCAAGCUGGAUUCAGGGGUGGUUAAACGCUUGUACACACUAGAUGGAAAACAGGUGAUGUGCCUUCAGGAUUUUUUCGGCGAUGAUGACAUUUUUAUUGCAUGUGGACCAGAAAAGUUCCGUUACCAAGAUGAUUUCUUGCUGGAUGAAAGUGAAUGUCGGGUGGUGAAAUCCACUUCCUAUACUAAAAUAGCUUCGAGUUCACGUAGGAGCACCACCAAGAGCCCAGGCCCAUCCCGACGCAGCAAGUCUCCUGCUUCUACUAGCUCAGUGAAUGGAACCCCUGGUAGCCAACUUUCUACUCCCCGCUCUGGGAAGUCUCCAAGCCCAUCUCCCACCAGCCCAGGAAGCCUACGGAAACAGAGGAGCUCCCAACACAGUGGCUCCUCUACCUCAUUAGCAUCCACCAAAGUUUGCAGCUCUAUGGAUGAAAAUGAUGGCCCUGCAGAAGAAGUGUUGGAGGAAGGUUUCCAGGUUCCAGCGUCGAUAGCAGAGCGAUAUAAAGUUGGAAGGACUAUAGGAGACGGAAAUUUUGCUAUUGUGAAGGAGUGUAUAGAAAGAUCAACUGGUAGAGAAUAUGCUCUGAAAAUAAUCAAGAAAAGUAAAUGUAGAGGAAAAGAACACAUGAUCCAGAAUGAGGUAUCUAUUUUAAGACGAGUCAAGCAUCCCAAUAUUGUACUUCUGAUCGAGGAGAUGGACAUGCCAACUGAGUUGUACCUUGUCAUGGAACUUGUAAAGGGAGGAGAUCUUUUUGAUGCUAUUACUUCCACCAACAAAUACACAGAGCGGGAUGCCAGUGGGAUGCUCUACAAUCUGGCCAGUGCCAUCAAAUACCUUCACAGCCUGAACAUUGUCCACAGGGAUAUCAAGCCGGAGAAUCUACUGGUUUAUGAACACCAAGAUGGAAGCAAGUCCCUGAAGUUGGGAGACUUUGGCCUAGCAACAAUUGUGGAUGGACCUCUAUAUACCGUCUGUGGGACCCCAACAUAUGUAGCUCCAGAAAUCAUUGCUGAAACUGGAUAUGGCUUGAAGGUGGACAUCUGGGCAGCGGGUGUGAUUACUUACAUCCUGCUCUGUGGUUUUCCUCCAUUCCGUGGAAGUGGAGAUGACCAGGAAGUGCUUUUUGAUCAGAUUUUGAUGGGACAGAUGGAUUUUCCAUCGCCAUAUUGGGACAAUGUUUCUGACUCUGCAAAGGAACUUAUCACAAUGAUGCUUCAAGUAGAUGUAGAUCUGCGAUUCUCAGCCUUGCAAGUUCUUGAGCAUCCAUGGGUUAAUGAUGAUGGCCUUCCAGAGAACGAACAUCAGCUCUCAGUAGCUGGGAAGAUAAAGAAGCAUUUCAACACAGGCCCUAAGCCGAACAGCACAGCAGCUGGAGUUUCUGUCAUAGCAACCACCGCUCUUGAUAAGGAGAGGCAGGUUUUCCGACGAAGACGCAACCAGGAUGUGAGGGGACGUUAUAAGGCUCAGCAAGCUCCACCCGAACUCAACUCCGAAUCGGAAGACUAUUCACCAAGCUCCUCCGAGACUGUUCGCUCACCUAACUCACCCUUUUAAUAAAACACUUUUUCUCAAAAGCCUUGGCUUUAACCCUUUGAGACCCUGAAACUACUUCAGGCCUGUGUGGAGUGAAUACAGCUGAUCUACCCAGCAAAUAAAAGCUGGGAUGGUGGAACGCAAAAGGGUGCUCACAGAAUCUUUGUAAGAAUAAUUUCCUAAUUGAUUGAAAUACUUGUUCUCUGUUUAGAUUGCAACUUGCUGCUAAUAAGAUCCUCAAAGGGUUAAGGCUAUUUUGCUUUUUUAUUUAAGGAUAGAAGCAGUGAAUGUUUUCAUCAGUGGAGCUAGGAACUGCAGUAUGUAAUUUUAGCACAUGUUAACCCUCUGAGUAAAUGAUCACCUUAAAUCUUGACAACCCGUAUUAGGGUUUUAUUCUGGCUUUUUUGCUUUUAUACGCACAUAUCUUUUAUAGUAUCCUGGAGUUCCUUGCCUGUUUCUGGCCAAAAAUAUAUCAAUUGUAUUAUUGCUUAGGAAUUAUAAAUAUAGGCUUAAAAAUGAAAAUAAAAUUAAACAAAUGGUAUCUUCUGCAGCAGCUCAUUCCAAACCUGCAUUGUAUUUCCACACGGAGUGACCGUUAUUGGAGGAUAUGAUGCAGGGCUAAAUGGGAAAUUCAGUUUAGGUCAUUCUCAUAGUUUACAGAAGAUGACAUGAUGAUGGCCACAAAAGAUUGCUUCCAUAUAGUUUGCUGCUAAUGAUAAUGUCGAGUUUUGGGAAAUUGCUUGAGGACACGUUCUGCCAUGUAAUAGUAUGUAAUGAUUUAGUUGAGAAGUUCCUGGUUCCUUUGCAUCACAUUCCGGAAUGCAGAGGCAUCCUCUGAGCAUGACCUGGUUAUUCUGGCAGAGCCAUUUAGAAAUAUUAACGCUGAUGAGCAUUGCCCUUUAAAUAGCUAGAGUACUUCUAAAUCGGGGAAAAUACAAGUAAUUUAAUAUAUAUGUAAAGCCUAAACAGAAUUAGCAGAAGUUUUGUCUUUAGAAUGGAGAAACUAAAAAUGAUUCACCAGUUUUAUUUGUAAUAUUUAAUAAAAUGGGCAUUUACACAGAGUAUAUAUAUAUAUUACUGGUUUGUUAAAACCUCUAGACAACAUUAUAGCUUUUUAUUUGACCAUUAUCAUAAAGUUGGCUUCCACAGAAAUAUUACAGUGUAUAGACUUUUGCUUCAGAUGUGAUAAUUUGAAAAAAAAGAAAAAAGAUGGCUCAGAAUUUCACUUGAAUGAAAGAAAGAACUUUUCAAAAUCAUGUUCUAAAAUAAAAAACAUUGUGAAAUUUAUAGUUUCUCUUAUUGCUCAUAUAAAAUUGAAGUGUUCUCCUCUAAAGUUAAAGUUUUCUCACAGUGUUUUUUAAAAUUCAUGUGGUUUCCUCUCUCUCUUUCUCUUUCUUUCUCUCCCUCCUCCUCAACCUUGCCCUUUAUCUUACCUUUAUUCUUCCUUCCUUCCUUUUUCUUUCCUGUUACACAGCCAGAAGUAUCAAUAUACCACCCAAAAUGACAUGCAGGUAUUCUCAGCUUUCUGGGAAGUAUAAAUAAAUUUUUCAGGAGCAGGGCAAGUUGCCCACAGUAUCACUCCCGUUCUGAGUGGUGUUUGUUCACGGAACUGUCCGUAUGAGCGGUGGUGGCAGCCAAUGUAGACCUGCAGCUGGUGGGGGCUAGUGUAAAGCUCUUUGCGCUUCUAGGUGGAAGUAUCAGUUGAACUGUAGUUCAAGAAACAUUGGAAUUCUGUUUCUCCAUGCUACGGAGUGCAUCUUUCAUUGCCUCAGACGUGAAAAAUUAUAUAUUGAAAGCUCUGAAGACUUUAAACACAGGAAUUUAAUCUUGUGGAUCUUCACACAAGUGGUAUAAAUAUUUCUUUUUUAUUUUUUUUAAUCUACCUGAUAUUGAUGGUCUAGAAGUGAGGUAUUUAGUAGAAACUAAUUCUCCAGACUUCCUGGGCAAUACAGAGAGAUAAGAAUUCCAGGUUUGAUUCAUCUCACCUGACAUGGGCACACAUUUUAGGUGGGACUCAUGUUUUGAUUAGCCUGUUGGUCUCACUCCAUCAACUGUAGAAGGAACUGCUGGUAGAAGUUUACAUCAGACACCAAUUUCAGAUUAUGAGUUUACUAGAAAGUCAUCUAAGCCAUGAGGAGACUGAUCUCUGAAUGCAUGUCUGUGGACAGAAGGCCUGUGUAAGGCCUGAGUUGCUCUGUCUGGAACCUGAGUAACAACAUUUUAAAGCAAGUGAAGCAAAUAAGAGAACUCCAUUGGGACAGGAGGCGAAGGGACAAAGGAACUACCAUACAAAACUUCUCAGAUUUUAGGUUUUGGGAAAGGGUUGUGUCUGUGUGUCAGAUCCUUCACUAUAACCAUCCAACCCUCAACUCAUUGUGGAGAGAAGUUGCUCAGUAGAUAGGGAGCAACCACUGUCAUCUUAAUGGUUGUACAUUCAUAACUUUUGAAUGGGACAAGGAUUUUUUUUCCAUAGGAUCAAAACCUCAGUCAAGAUAAAGCCUUCCUUGCCACUUACCUACCCUAAUUUACAGUAGGUCAGAAUCUGGCACAAAUUUGACCAGCACUGACCUUCCCACAUUUUAUCACAGUCUUCCCUUUAGAAGAGAUACAGCUCAGCCAUGUAAAUGUAAGACAUACAUGUGGUAAUAAAAAAGUGUCCAUUAAUACCACAUGCUCCUUGACUAUUGUGAAAUUUGGCAGUCUUAAACCAAAGGCCAAUGUUCAUUCUUCUUAAUUAGAGAGGGAAGUCAGAAGAAAAAAAUUACGUUUCACUUUAUGCACGAGAAAUAUUAUUCAAAAACCCAUCUGGGAUUUUCCAAUCACAUUUUCUUUGCUUUGGAAUACAGGGUUAUCAUUAAAAUAAGAUGUUUGGCUCCUUCAUCUUAGACCAUCUUGUAUUACUUAAAAUGUGUGUAAAAAUAAUCUUAGAUCCUGAAAAUCCUACUCAUCCCCAACAUCUUAUGUUUCUGAUUGUUGGUUCAUGUUUUAUGAACAUAAAUAUAAAAAUAUUUAAGUUAUUUUUAGGUUUGUGAGAGACUGGGUUUCAAAUUGCUGAUAUCCUAUAUUAGGUUUCAAGGAAAGGUAUCUGAAUAUUUGAACUGUUUCAAAAGUGUUUACAAUGAUGUUUUUAAAUCUAUCCAUAUACCCAUAGAUAUAUAUUUUAAUAUAUCCAUAUAUAUGUAUAUAUAUUUAUGGUUUCAUGGAAGUUAUAAUGGUUUAGGCUUGUUUGGCAGUGACUGCCAUAUUUUUUAGUCUAAUCUCUGAAUAAUUCUUGGGGGUAAGUGAAGACAGAAUAUGUGGCCCUAUAAAUAUUUCAAACACCAAUGAAAAAAAGAAAUCAAGCAUAAUAGACUAUUUCUAAUGUGAAAAUCUGGGAGAGCAUACCGUGGUCAUUUUACUGUAAUACAGACCAGUCCUUCUGACUUCUUUCCUCGUUUGCCUUUUGAAUCAUUGGCUGGUAUUGCUGCUAAAUGUGACAACAAUUGUUUUAGUUAGCAGAGAUGGAUGGCAGUUGGGGUAGGCACCAUCUAUCACCGAGGAGAUGGAGACGAGCACUUCCGAAGGGUGACUCAGGUCAUCUAAUGUUUGCUCUCUGGAGAUGCCUGACAGCCUGAUCUUAGAAUUAGCAGGAAAGUAGAACAGGGUCACUUCCAGCUCAAGUCCUCUCAAUUAAAUAUAAGCAGGGAUAACGUGGACUCUAACCUAAGUGGGAUAUUCUAGUGAGCUUACAUGCAGUGAGCAAACUUUGAUGUGAAAAUGAAAAUGUAGUACGGGCUAGCACAGGAUUUGCUAAAAGGGAGUGAGCUGGGAAUUGUCUCAUCCAGAUAUAUCUGUCUAAGCGUUGAGCAUCUAAUAUAGGGCAGUAAUCUAAUCUUCCCAUACAGGUGCUAGAGGGUGGUUUCUCUAACAGAUAAUUAAAAUUCUAGGAUGGAUUAAUCACUCAUGAGAUGAGGUGCCUAGCCCAAACAUAUUUAGAAUAUGAUUUAUUAAGUCAUGACAUAUAAAUUAGUAUUUCGGUGAGUUAUAAUUUUCACAGCAUUAAUGUACAAAAAAUCCAGAAUACUAUGGUUCUACUCAGAGGGUUAACAGAAAAGCACUAGGCAUGCUGAUUACAUUGGUGUAUCCAAACUGCUUUGCUUUUUUAGCCAGUGUUUGCUGAUUUUUUCAGAAAAUUCUUGAAAAAAAUUCAAGUUUGAAAUAAUUUAAGUGUUGUUGUUUAAGGAAUUUCUAUAACCAAAUUAAUCUUAUUUUUAGCUCACGUUAUCACAGGAAUAAUAUGUAUCAUUGAUGCAGUGUAAGUCUGUAGUUACCAAUUUUAUUAAUUCCACAAGUGAUUCCAGAAAUCUCUCUUUUUUUAAGUACUUAUUAUAGAGCUUACAAUGGUGGCAUAGGUGACUGAGACUGUCUUUCUUAUUGGUAAACAAACAAUAUUGUAAUUUCAAGAAAGUCCUAAGAAUCAGCUUUUCAGUUUGGUAGUGUACUAGUUAGGGGAAAGCUAUUUCAUUACAUGCAUUGUGUAAAUCAUCUUUGUAGAUGAAGAUUGUUCAUAUUAAUGAACACAUUCUUUUUUCCUUGACAUUGUAGCAGAAACUGUUUACUUGUUAAUGAACAACCAAUACAUUAAUUUGCUUCAGACUGUUAGAGGGGAAAGUGAGAUUCGAGUCAUUGACAAUGUUAUUGCUUUACAGUAGCCCUCAUCUAAUUAAAUGUGGUGCAUACUACAAUAAGCAAAGCCAAACCUGUGAAUAAACUCCUGAAAAAGCCUGGUGGGUCUUUAUUCAGUUGGGUGCUUGCACACAGUAUCAUGUGACAGCAGGAAGGCUUUCAAGAAUUGUUGAAAUGAAAGCGAUAUAUCCACAAAUAAGAGCUAAAUUGCAAUCCUCUCCCUAUGGGGCAUAUAUGUUUGAAAAGAAAAAAUAAAGAAAAGAAAAGAAAAAUUGGCUCAGAGGUUUGCAGUGGUACUAUAUUACCACAGGGCAAGUACAUUAAAUCAUUGUUAUUUGCUAGCCUGGGGUAUAUGUUGGAAAAUGGCAUCUUUUUUAUUUAGUUUAGAUUGUGGGCAGGGAGAGCUUUCCUAAUAUUAUUGCAGUGCCUGCUAGUGCUGCCAUGGUUUACUCUGUGUUAGUAUUUCCAUUAUAAACUCUUAGUCUCAAAGGUUUUUAAUUUGAUUGUAAAAAUUUGCUUCAGGCAGAAACUUGGCAUACAAUUUUUCAGCUCAGAGCGGUUCUUUUCCUAAAAUAUGAGGGAAAUCAGCUUGACCUCUUCAACAUUUAUUUUCUAAGUGUACACAAACAUUUGUGGACACAAAGGCGGUUUUUAUGCAGCUCAUUUCAGAUGUGUCACGUUCUCAAGCAUGUCUCACAGGUCUUAACUACAAAGGUGACAGCUCAGAACUUUUGGGCAUUUUGAAAACCAGGAGGAAAACUCAAUGAUCAAGAGCAAAAAUGUUCCACAUGUGGAAGAGUUUUAUUUUGACGUGACAAUCAUUUAAAGUUUGCACAGUAAUGGGUAUGUAUACGCCCUGCUGAGUGCUCAUGUAAUUCCUAAACCCAUUAAUUUAAGUCAUUCCAAGUAGAAAAUGCUAAAUAUGAAUGUGUUGAAUUUCCCUGUAAGACUGGGAAACAAAGCAGUUUUUUCUUUUGUUUUAUAGUAGCACCAUGGACAAAGCUGACAAUACACCAGUUAAAGGGGUCUGGGAAGAGAAGAAUCAAAAGGACAUGUUUUCUCUUAAGGGGAAAAAAUUGUCUGAAUAAUACAGAGUUGAAAGCUCACACUGAAUGAGAUAGGUAUCAAAAGCAAUUUAAAAAGCAUAAGUAUGGGACUAUUUGAAAACUAUAAAAGUGCAAGGGAGCCCAUGCAGUGUAGUGAAUCCAUGCGUGGAAUCAAUCACCUACUAAUCUGGAGCAAAUUUACAGCUACAAACAGGCAUAAUUAAUACACAAAUCAAACACACCCAGCAGCAGAUGGAAUUGAAAUCCUAGUCCUUUUAGCAAACAUAAUGCAAACCUUUUCCUCAUAUAUUCACUAAAUGAGACCGUCUGUAGCUGUUUGAAGUAGUGUUGCAUACAGGCUAGUGGGGAAAUUAGGUGUUUAAAAAAUGGCUGCAAAUUAAUUGUUUUUAAUAGCAAUUCUACCUCACUAGGACCUUUUAGGAAACGACAGCUUUUAAAAAGUGAUGUCUAUGCAUUUUGUAUUUGUGUGCGUAUAUACUCGGAUAGCUCAUGCCAAACAGCUUCAGUAAGAAUUGAGUUGCUAUACUGAGGUUUCAUGUUGCCUGAAGUUUUCUGCCACAGGGGCCAGAGGAAGGGACAAAAGUCUCCGUGAAAUAAAGAAUUCAUGGAUUGAUCCACCUGUAAUGGAGAUGUCUUCCUAAUCUUUCUCUUAGUGAUCAACUUGGGUGAUAAACCACAGAGCUCAGUCAUGUCCAGAAGUAUUCUCCCUACCUGAGUAGGUGGGAAGGGGACACUGGAUGGAGCUUGGCACCUGUUUUCUUGGCACCCACCUACAGUGCUGCACAUUUGUCAAGCCAUGCAUAAAUAUCAGGUUGGAAAAAUAACUGUUUGCACCAAAUGAUAGAGCCAGAAAAAGCGCAUCAGUAGUGACUAGCCAUGACAGGGGUAGACUGACAUUUGGAAGAUGGUUUCCAGCCAACUUGUCAGUCAGAUUUUUGAGAGUUUUUCCAAUGGAACCAUUGGAACUGAGAAACUCCAAAUGAUUUUUAGGUGCUACUUGAUCUGUUCAUGAAAAACUUUCUUCUUGAGGUGUUUCUGAUACAUCCUCAUAUGUGUUUCCUGAUGUAGGAAGACUCUGGACACAAAAAGCCAGAAGACAGCUUUAUUUCUGUGUGUCUAACAGAUUUGAAUGCUAGUGAUGAAUGCUAGUGAUUCAUACACAUAGAAUUUUAGGUGUCUUGAAAAGAAAGCAGUGAUGAAAGAAGCUUAGCUUGCUUGUCUAGAGUUACUCUCAGGAAGAGCUGACAUUACUACCACAACUGUUGCUGCUAUUACUAUUCUACUAACACCACCAUUGCCCUUCAGAGGUAAUUGCUUUGUUUAACCUGUGCAUCUCCAUUAGAUGCCUGGAAUGCUUCAAACCUGCCCGUAAGACCAGCGAGGUCUUACAUGAGCAUCCAUAAAUUUGUUUUCUUUUCAAACAGAAUGCCCACAGCUAUUGAAGCUGGGUUCCAUCAUAUGAUGAGGGUUUGAGAAUUGGAAAGAGAGGUAUUGGUAAAUUGAAGGAGAGGAUUAUUUGUAAAGUGUAAAUACAAUGUCCAAGGGAAUUCCUAGUGCUGUAUCUCACAAAAGAGAGUGAUAGAUUUUUUUUUUCUUCAGCAAAUUCAAGCAUGUAGGAAAAUGCAAAUAAGCCCUUGAGAAAUGAACUUCUGAUAAUCUGAUGUUUAUUGUUAAUCUUAACAAGGUGUAAUCUUUGUGACAUUGCUUCAUGGUAAUAGAGAGAUGAAUUUAAGGUAAUGCUAGAUCUUGGCAAGUUUUGCCAUUGCCAGUUAAGGGGUGGGAGGUAUCAAAUUGAUUGACUGAUACUAAAACAAGCAGUUCUGAAGAGGCAUUUUCAGAGAGUUGAUGUGAAAAAAAAAGGGAGGAGGGUAAUUCUUGAGUAUUUUCCAUAGGCCAGUUUAUCACUUGCCAUUUGUGCUGAUCUUUAGUGUCUUGUCGGAGGGGGAAAAAAAUUGCUCACAUUGGUCCAAGGUUAAAUAUAUAGCCAAUAUAACCUUUUUUUUUUUUAAUUUUAUUGAGGAAUUAGCAAUAAGAUUUUAUAUUCUACCUGAAAAGAAAAUGUUAAAUGAUUACUGUAGUGGGAAAUUAAAUAGCACUUUUCUCAUGCCUGCUAAAAAGCCAUCUAAGGAAGUGGUGGCCUUCAAACAAGUUUCUAAGUUAUUUAAAUUUAGAAAAAUUUUAAGAUUUUUUUAAAACUCAGGCAAUGCUAUGUAUUUCAUUGGUAUAAAGGAAUCUUUAAUUUUCAAGGUACUAAUUAAAUAAGUUCUAUAUGCUACAUAUUCCUGCAAAAACAAGGAGGAAAGACAAAUUUUUCAAAAUGUGUGUGAAUAGAAAUUACAUCUGGUGUUAUCACCUUAAUUUAUGAGAUAGGUUUUUAAGUUGCUGCUUACUCUUACAUAAAAUAUUUGCUCUAAUUAGGUAAUAAAAGAAUAGAAAAGGAAAAAUCACUUAAUACUUCAGCUCUACCCUCAGCUUCUAAUGAGUUCAUAUUUCUUGAGCAGAGAAGCAUUACAAUAUAUUUCAAUUCAGUCAUCACAAGCAAGCCACCAGGGAGUUACAUCCAGCUGCAUUCCUGAGAAGCUGUGCACAACCUUUAAAAAUUGGUCAUGCAGCCACAUCCUAGCUUUCCCACAUAAACCUCUGUGCCCCAGUGAAUCUGGAAGAACGUGAUAAUAAAAAAAGGAUGUAACUAUUCAGAAAAUUUUCACUUCAUGUGUUAAUAUCACAGCACAGGAGGUCAGUUUAGAUAGAGGUAUGGAAAUCCAAUACUGCCCAGCUGUGGAUGGACAGGCUUUGUAUCUGUGCCCUUCAACACGACACAUACCAACUCUCAUGAGAAAUGUGAAUGGUAUUUGACAGUGGAAGCCUGCUAAAUCCCUCUAAUGAUUGUAAGUUUGAUUGUAAAUGGCUGGAUUUUAGGAAUUAGCUGGUGCAUUAAGAAAUAAAGGACCAGAGAAUAAUGCAUUGCAUAGCACUCUUUCAUUUGUUCUGAUAAUUGAUUUAAUUUUAAUUUUGUAUUUCUUUCAUUAUCAGCAAGUGUGCUGAUAAUGUUUAAAAAUUAUGAGUAAUAAAAAUUACAAGAUCCCACCAGGGCUCUCUGAUUAUUUUUGAUGAAAGGCAGGAAAAGUGCUAUUUUAUCUUUUGAUAAAAGCAUGUAUUUAACCCUACUUUCAUUUACAAGCUAAUUGUUGCAAUUUAACCACUGGUUCAUGGAAUGAUUCUUGAUGCAGGACAUAGCUGCAGAACUAAAGAGUCUGUUAGAUGUCUGUCUGUCUGUCUGUCUAGAAUAUUGAUUAUUUUUUUUUUUUCCCCCACAGGGAUUAUUAUUUGACAACUGGGUUAUAGGCAUGUGGUACUUUCCCUUUUGGAUUUUGUCAUCCCAAAGAGUUUGUCCUCCAUUUUAUUGGCAGCACAAGAUUUUGGCAUGCCAAAAUGAAGGCUAAUGAUUUGUGAACAUAAUAAUCCUUCAUGAGCCUUCACUGUCAACCCUUUCCCUCCCUGCUCCUGUCCACACACCUCCAGCCUGUCCAGGCCACUUGUUUCUUUCUCCUUUCCUGCACUUCACUUCUCUUGUGUGAUGCAAAUAUUGUACAUCUGUGUGUAAAACAGAGCAGGGAAACUGCUCCAGGGGAAUAAAAAAGCUUUGCCCUGCAUUAA